AUGGCUCCUACACGACGAACAUCCGCACGUCAGCAACUGAAGACCCCUAAUACCGUUAACGUUACACAUGCAGAACAGGCGACUGCGGAUGAGCACAUAAUAACUCCGGUUACAGAUGAUCAUAUAGCGUCUACUUCAACUUCUGCUUUGCACUCUUCUGCGUGCCGUGGCGAUGACCAACACGGCAGCUCUGCAAAGGCUGCAAAAACAACCAGGCGAGGCAACCUUAGCAGGCGUUCUAAAAAAGCCUCACCGGAUAAGGGGAAACGGGAGCAGGAUUCCAUUGAGUGCGCCUCCUUUGGGGGAGAACAGAGCCCGCAUCGAAAAGCUACUCGCAAUGCAGCCGACGCCGCUGCAACUUCCAUUCGACGGUCCCAGGAGACCACGGCUGAGAAAACCGCACGUAACGUAGUGAAAGUUGCGGCAACAUCCAUUCGACAGUCCCAGGAAUCCAUGGCUGAGAAAACCGCACGCCAUGCAGCCGACGCCGCUGCAACUUCUGAUGCAAGGGCGUCGGAAAGUUCCGCUCAAAAGCGCACAAAGCGGCAACGAGAUGCAAUUUCAACUUCCAUGCUAGGCCUGUUGAAGGACCUACUGAAAGACUUGAAAGGUUGCAGACUGUUAACCAGCGCCGGCAUGCAAAGCGAGGGCUCUGUAGCCCACCAAAGCAGUUUUGGUUUAAGCUGGCGUUCAACUAUGAGCCAUUACCUAUUCUUUUUGUUUCUCGCUUCUUUUACUUUUAUCACUUUCCCUAAUUUCAUUGUUCACGAUAGCCUAUCUCUCUCCCUCUGUCCUUCUCUCCCUCACUCCCUAUCUAUAUGUCUAUCUCAAUUAGUUCAUAGUUCACAUCUAUUUGUCUCUAUCUAUUCUAAACAUUUCCCUUUCAUCUUCUUUUAUUCAUAUACUAACUCCUCUUACGUGGCAAAUUGUUUCUAUCUAUCUAUCUAUCUAUCUAUCUAUCUAUCUAUCUAUCUAUCUAUCUAUCUGAUACAGUCUGUUCAAAGCAAAGAUGAAUAUUAUUUACUGUGCUAUAGAACACAAUGCAUAUCUAUCUAUCUAUGCAUAUCUAUCUAUCUAUCUAUCUAUCUAUCUAUCUAUCUAUCUGAUGCAAACACAAUGUAUAUCUAUCUAUCUAUCUAUCUAUCUAUCUAUCUAUCUAUCUAUCUAUCUAUCUAUCUAUCUAUCUGUGUUAGCCGAUUUAAGUCUAUCACGAUGCCUCAGGCUGUUUAUAUCUAUCUAUCUAUCUAUCUAUCUACGGCUAUAUCGACCAUUCUAGAACGAAUUUUUGAAUUCAUUUUCUAUCUAUCUAUCUAUCUAUCUAUCUAUCUAUCUAUCUAUCUAUCUAUUUUGAUUCCAAGUCUGUCUCAUACUAAAAUUUAUAGACAUAAUAAACUUGCAUGCAUCAAACUCAUCACUUUCACUCUCUCUUUUUGUAUCAUUUUGUUCAUAUCUCUCCCCCUUUCCCUAUCUAUCUAUCUAUCUAUCUAUCUAUCUAUCUAUCUAUCUAUCUAUCUAUUCCUCUCACGAUAUAUCUCUCUAUAUCAAUAG